AUGAAGUGCUUCCUACUCAUGAUUGCCCUCUGUGGAGCAUUUUCAAGCGCUUUGCCCAUUGUCUCAAAAACGGAACAAGUCACAGAAGAGGAUAUACAAUUGGCCAAGACAUAUCUGGACAGUCACUAUCCUGAUUCAGAGGCAAAUCGUGUCAUAAGAAGCACCGACAAUAAUAUCGUUGGUAACCAACUACGGCAAAUGCAGGAAUUCUUUCAACUGGAAGUGACAGGCAAUCUGGACUCAAGAACCUUGGCUGUAAUAAAGGCCCCCAGAUGCGGGAUUCCUGAUAUAGGGGAGUACAAAACCUUUCCUCUGUCUCCAAAAUGGUCAAAGAAAAACCUGACAUAUAGCAUUCAGAACUACACACCAGACAUGGCUCAGGAUGACGUAGAUGAAGCUAUUGAGAGAGCCUGGAAACUGUGGAGUGAUGUGACUCCCUUGACUUUCACCAGGAUAUCUGGGGACUCUGCAGAUAUACAGAUCUCUUUUGGUUCUAGAGAACACAGCAAUAUUCCCCUUGACCCUUCCUUUGAUGGACCUGGUGGAAAGCUGGCCCAUGCCUUCUCACCUGCCGAUGGAGGAUAUGCUCAUUUUGAUGAGGACGAAAACUGGACAAAGCAUACAAUAGGAAUCAACCUUUUCCACGUUGCUGCCCAUGAGUUUGGCCAUGCAUUAGGUCUUGACCAUUCCAAUAUUCAGGAGGCUCUGAUGUUUCCAAUCUACAACGCUGUGGACCCCACCAAGGUCAGGCUUCACCAAGAUGACAUCAAUGGUAUUCAGUCUCUUUAUGGACCCCCUGAAGAAGAUGAUAAUCAGCUAACAUUCCCCAUAUUGCCAACAAACAUUCCAGCAGAAGAAUGUUCAAUAGACAUUUGUGACCCUAACCUGACUUUUGAUUCUGUUACCACUCUCCAAGGGGAAAUGUUGUUCUUUAAAGACAGCUUGAUGUGGCGGAUGAAUCCUGAGAAAAUAGAUAUUGAACAAUAUCAUAUUUCUACUUUCUGGCCUGCUUUGGAAGGUGGCAUAGAUGCUGCUUAUGAAGAUGAAGAUAAAAAAACCUUAUAUAUUUUUAAAGGACAGAAGUACUGGGCUAUGGGGGCCAAUGUUAUACCGCCUGGUUUCCCAAGGAACAUCCACACCCUGGGAUUCCCCAAAAGAAUUAAGAAAAUCGAUGCCACUGUUUAUGAUAGGAGAAGAAAAAGGACAUUAUUCUUUUCAGGAGAUCAGUACUGGAGAUAUGAUGAAACCAAGAGAUCUGUGGUAAACGGUUAUCCAAGAAAGAUAGCUACUGACUUCUCUGGAAUUAGCUCCCCAGUGGAUGCUGCCUUCCACCAUAAUGGACACUUCUAUUUGUUCAGUGGCUCAAACCAAUAUGAGUUUGAUGGGAAACACAAAAGAUUUAACAGUAUAAAGAAAAGAACCUUCUGGUUUGGCUGCAAGUAA